GUUACUCCGCAUUUAUAUCAAAGGCUGAACGACCUGCUAUCGGAAUAUAGGAUCGUCCUCCCUGGGUUCAACAUUCCCUCACAGUCUAGGUUGAAUCGGUACGUGAAGAGCUACUUUGACGGCUGGACCCAACACCUGGCCUUUAUUCACGAGCCCACUCUCAACCUUGAAGAGUCUUCAGCCGAGUUUGUCUUGGCUCUUGCGAGUCUUGGUGCUCAAUGGUGCCUUGAGCAGAGAAAUGCACAGAAUCUUUACAUGGCAUCCAUCACCAUUCUGCGGCGAAGAGCCAUGUUCGAUAACCAAUUCCCGUCCACUGCAUUUCCUAGACAGAAGCUUCAUUUCGCACCACAUCAAGCAUAUUGCUACUGGAAGACUGCCGUCGUCCUUCUUGGCUAUGCUCCGUGGGAGUCACCAACGGUCUUCAGUGACAUAUCAACCCUCGUUGGUGUUAUCACAACUUCCAUCGAUAUUGUGGGCCUCGCGGAAUUUGAUGGAAUCGACACGAGUUGGCUCCACUGGGUUAAGCAAGAGGGCCACCGACGCCUUUGCUUGGUGACCUUUGUUUUGCUAGAGACGCUUAGUAUCGCUUAUAACUUGCCUCCUGCGCUUUUUAGUAGUAGGAUCGGCCUGCAGCUCCCUUGCAUGUCUAAGCUGUGGCAUGCCGCGAGUGAACAGGAUUGGGCACGCCUGCGUGCGGCACCUGGCUCACGACACCAACCUCUAUACCGCGAUGCUUUAUCUUCAAUCUUACAAUGGCAUAAGGGACAGUGUAUACCGGAUUUUCAUAUGACAGCAGACGGUGGUUAUGCUCUUAUACACGGGCUCUUCCAGAGAAUACAUUUGCUUCGAGAAGUGUCUGCGCCGCUGAUAUCCGAAGAAUCUGACCUGCCACGUGCAGAAGUCGAUCGUCUCAAGGGUGGAUUGGAUAUCUGGUCAAUGCUUUGGGACAGAUCUGUCAAGUCUAAUUCCGAUCUCAGCAGUUUUAUAUCGUGUACUCUGCUAGCCCUAGCACAUAUCCGAAUCCAUAUCGACUUUAACACGUACCAUGGAUUAGCCACUCGAGAUCCAACGCUGAUAGCAAUGACAUUGCUGAAAUACCCACCAAUACCUCGCGGGUCAAGUAUCGUCUCUGCCCUCGCUUAUGCCACCAGCGCCUUAGGCUUCACCAUAGGUAUUGGCAUAGACAGCCUGGCGAAGAACUAUAAAUAUAUUUCGGCUAUUCGACAUGCGCUCGCUGGGUUCGAGUCCGCCGUUUUCCUCUCCAAAUGGCUUAUGUCGCUCCAAGAGUCCCGAGAAGGAUAUCAUUUAACAGAUCGCGAGAAUCAUAUCUUGCACCGCAUAAAACAGUACUUGGUUGAAGCGUAUGACUCUGUGGAUAACCCACAAGAGGUGUUUGUUUGGAACCAGGAGAGGUCCCCUUUGGACUGGGAUGGAAAACUACUGGCGCUUGCGGUGCUGGCCAUCUGGGGCAGGGUUCUGAAGCAUGAUAGUCCAUGGUCAAUUUUGGGUGUGAUGGGGGCGAGUUUGGACCAAUAUGCAUCCCGGCUCGCUGAUCCCCAAAGAUUCAUCACCUGA